CAACAAUCCGAGUGCCAGUGGGAGACGAUAACAAAAAAUUAGCAUUCAAAGCCAGAGCUAAAGGCAGGCAGUCUGAAUCUGUUCCGCCACUCUCGAUCUCCCCUCGCCGGCCGGAGCGGCAGCAGACCAGAUCAGGGAUGUCGGACGUGCCUGUCUGAGAAGAGAAGCUCGUCUGUCUCUAUGCUUUUCGCGAAUAAUAGUGCAAAUGGUGAUGGCGUUUGGGCGCACGUAACCAUGAGGUUUUCGGCAGUUCGCAUUGUCAAGCUGCUGGCGUUCAUCAACCUGUUGCUGAUCGUGGUAUGGCUGAUAGUGGCCCGUUGCUACCAGGGGGCGAGGCUACCUGAUAAGGCUCUGUCCGGAGUCUCAGCCGCCGGCGGUGAUCCUGAGUUGGAGACCCUGGAGCAACUGUUCACCGAUAUUGAGAAACUGCGAGGCGUGGUCGAGGAGAAACGACAGGAGGCCUCCAAGCUGGAAAGCAGCGUGCAGGUGGAACAGGCGUGGAUUCGCCGCGAUGAGCCUCCCACGCGUGCAACGCUCGGCAAGCCCCUCUCGGACGCCGACGCAAAAGAGGCUUACAGGCGCAUGCUCGCGCUGGCGCCGAAGAACGAGUAUGACAACACGCCGUGGAGCAUGUUCAACCGAACGCACUACUAUCACUCCAGCGUGGGCGUGGGCCGAGAGAGCGGCGGCGUCCUAGCCGGCUGGCGUCUUCGCGAGGCCGAGAUGGUGCUGAGUACCGCUGCGGACAGUCUGCCCUCUUGGUAUGCCAAGGACGGCUUCCUGGAGGGCUUCCGGUGCCUGAAGCGGCACUACGGGAUGGUGUACGAGCUCUACUUCACCGACAACAAGUCCAAGACGGACGUGAGACGGGUACGCGUCGUGCGAGCGCUCGGCAACCUCACCGCGUCCGACAUCGGCAUGGAACCGGCGGCGUUGCUAGGCAACGACUUGAAGCGCGCGCUGGUGAGCACCGGUGAACGCGCCAAGCAUUCGCUACACGAGGUGGAGCCGUCGCGACGCCUACUCCACUUUGUCCUGCCGGUGGUGCACAGCAGCACGAAGCACCUGCUCGAGUUCCUCGACUAUUUCAUCGCGAACGUUCUGGGCGUGAAGGCCGGCGCGACGUACGCUGCGAGCAUGGACCUUCACCUGACCGUCGUCAUAGUGAUGGCGGACAUGACACUGGCCGACCGGCUGGAGGCGGCUGUGCGGGGGCGUUGCCGUGGCGUCGGCUUUGACGACGUCACCUUCCAACGGCUGGUGGACCGGUUUGAUACGUCUGCGGUGCUGCGCGCGGCCAUGGUGUACUCACCCGGUGACGGGGUGGUGGUUUCGCUAAUCAACGUCGACACGCGAUUCAACAAGGAGAGCGCCAAGCGGUGUCGCUAUCUGCCCGAGCGCGGCCUGCGGGUGUACUGGCCCGUGGCGUUUCGCCUGUACAACGUGCGGCUGGCGCACGGCAAGUCGGCGGACGAGGUGCCGCUGGCCAAGCGCCUGCGCCUAGCGGCGUCCGGCGGCUUCUGGGCCGAGCAGGACUACGACGUGUUCUGCAUGUUCGGAUCUGACGUAAAAUCCGUUCUCAGUAAUGUCAGUCUGGACUCGGUGACUCGCCAGUCCUUGUCCCUGUCUACUUUGGCUUUCUACCGCCAGUUUGCACGCUCCAGUCGCUUCAGCAUCGUGCGCCUGCCAGACCGCUCUCUCUUCCGAGUCCAUCGGCCGGCCAAGUGUGCGCUGAACGCGGUGCAGAAUCCCGUGGACGCGCGUGCCGAGGAGAAACGCUACGAUCGGUGUAGAGAGCGCAAGGCACGCAACUUGGCCUCCCACAAGACGCUCGCGCAUCUUGCGCUCGGGCCGCAGGCCGAUCGAGACAAGAUCUUGGCCGAGGAGACGCUGCUUCUGGAUGAAAUGGAGGCCAAGUGAGGACACCAACACCAUCGACCAGCAUCGUACAGACAGUCACAGUGGCCCGACUGGCAGUGCAUGCAUGCAUGGAUACACCAUGAUGUCAUUGUGUGUGUGUGUGUGUGCACGUGAUGUCAUUGUGUGUGCAUAUGCUGUCAUUGUGUGUGUGCCAUGAUGUCAUUGUGUGCAUGUGAUGUCAUUGUGUGUAUGCCAUGAUGUCAUUGUGUGCAUGUGCCGCAAGAGGCAGAGUACGCAACAUCCGCCUCUGAAGGGGAUGUUAUUAUUUAUUGAUUGCCACGUGCCCAGACUGGGGCGAGCAGACCAUCUGUUGGGUAACAGUUCGAUGCAAGCCAUCAUUUGGACUGGCCGCAUGUCGACAUGUCGCUUGAUGCUGUACUACCCAGAUGACGUCAUAGUUGGCCCCACAACAUGAUGCCAUGCCACGGAGAUGAUGUAAUCACUGGUCGCCAUAAGUCUAAGUAGCUCCGGUAGUGCCUUUGCUUACUGCUAACGUUACUGAGUCCUGAUCUAUGUGCCUGGCAACGGUGCACGCUGCUGCUGCUGCUGCUGCUGCUGUGCUUUGCUCAACGGCGUCUAGUUUACACACUGCUGCGCUAGAUGCGUGUGCUCCUCGUGCCGGUGGCUUCGUUGCUGCCAAGGGCGACAUCCGUUGCUCUCCGAGUUGUAACACGUUAGUCACGGCGCUGGGUCCAACGCUGGUGGUGGCAGUACUGAGUAACAAUCCGCCGUGCUGUUUGUUUCGGCCCACCACCACCACCACCACGGCCACUGGCAGUAUGCUGAAUUACAACGGUGAAUGACCGGCUGCUUCGGACCUUCGUAGUCGUUCCCGUGUUUGCUUUCUACUACUCGCUCCACUCUGUCCUGACCUUUCAUGACCUAUUGGAUUUGCUUGGUACUGAGUAUCUCUCCCCCCCCCCCCCCCCCCCCCACACACACACACGCAUAACAGGAAUCGUACCCAAAGUUAACCUUGGCAGUAAAAUGCUGCGCCCCCUUUUUUUUUUAGUUCUUCUAGUCAUUCUUUACUUUGUACAGUGCGAGAGUGUGAGCGUCAACCAGGGCAUUGACGACUCCCUUGCGUCAACUAACCGUAAGCUUGUAAGCCAGUGCUGGAUUCCGGUGUGUGCGAACAUCCACAACUCGUGUACGCUGGCGGAUAUGACAUUAUUCACCGGAUAUGACAUUA